AAGGGAUAAUAGUUUCCUUGGUUACAAAUUUUGUCAACCUUCUGCACAGAGAGGGAUAGCACAAGGCAGCGUGGUGCAUGCAAAUCUAACUCUCUGGUGAUGAGUGGAAAGGAUCAGCAUGCAUUCAUUACAAACUACAGGGCAGAAGAUGUGGAAAAACUGACAGUUCGGAUGAAAAAUGGUCUUGGAAGCUCCAAGUACAAACCUGCUGAAUAUGAAAGACUACAAGCCAUUGUUGAUGCCAAGCGCCUGGAGUCUGAUCUAAUUGGACAAAAGGUGCAGAGGACUCGCUACACAGCCAAGGCGACCAAGGAGAGCUCCAUAUUACGGCAGCACCGACAGGUGUGGAGCAGAGAGUGCCCCAGGCUGCAAAAAGCUGAGGAGAAGGCUGAGAAUGAAAUCCAUGAUUUUUUGGAGAUGAUCAGACCGAUUGAUAGAACAGACACCGCCAUCUUCUCACUCAGAGAAUAUGCUCUGCUCCUUGAGAAGGAACAAGAAGCCUUCAGAAAAGCCACAGUGGAGCCUGUUUGUCAUCUCAAGGAUGACCUGUGCUUCAGACUGGGUGAAGAACGUCAACACCACGGAGCCUCAGGAGCACGCUUGGAACAAAUCAACUUUGUCAAAGACCAGCAAGAUUAUGUGACUGUCAGACUUCAUGAAGAGUAUCUGGGCUUGGAGGAGGAGAUCAUUGGUCUUGGCUUGGAGAAAUAUCUCACAAGUACUUCAGAUGAUGUGAUUAUUAAGGAAAAUGUUCCAGAAGAGGUUUUGGGUUCAGACUGUCACUGCCCUUACCCAGAGCUGAAGGACUCCCUGGUCCAGGCCUUCCAGUCCCUGUCAGAAAGGUACCAGAGCAGGCUGCAGAGCCUCCAGGAGAAACUACAAACAAUUGACAAGUUCUGUGGCUGGUGUGCAGAUGAUCACCAUCACUUCCAGUUCACUUUGUCUCAGUACAUUCCUCAUGACGUACCCAACCACAGAGCACUCUGCAUGGACAUGCUGCAAAGACUCUUCCCUCAGAGAACUAGACAGGAGCUGAUAGAUCAUGAACGUUUGUUGGACUGGCAGCUCUUCACCCAGGCCCAGCUGAAGGUGGUGACCCAGCAGUGGCAGCGGGACCAUGAAGAACUGCUGGCCAGAGCCCUGGUCACCUUGCAGGAGGCCCAACACUCCCACCAGGAGGAGCUGAAGCUCCACAGAGACCGGCAGCACCAGCAGGACAUCUGCUCACAUCUUAAGAAGAAGCUGCAGCAGUGGCGGGCUCAGCAGGAGGAGGUGGCGAAGCUGGAGGCGGCUAUGGCUUCUCGACAGCAAGAGGAGGAGGAGGCUAGGUUGAAGAGGGAGCAGGAAAGGGAGAACGCCUUCAGAUCACUGCAGAAAGAAAAAGUCAGACAGUUUUAUUUAAAGAAGCAGAAGAGGAAGGAGCUGCUGGAGCAGAGGGACCAGGAGAGACUCACCAAUCUGAGGAGCGUCAUGGAAGAACAGGCAAGGCGAGAUAAAGAGAGGGUGCAGUUUCGGGCAGAUAUGCUGCAGAGGCGAAGGGAGGAGAGAGAGGCACGGGAGAUUGAGCGGCAAAGGGAAGAAGAAGAGAGGGAGCGUUGCCUGGAAGUUCUCAGGAACCAGGUUGGGGUGGUGGCAGAGGCCGAUCCAGAGAGGAUGAUGGCAGAUACUGAAGCCUGGAGGAGUCACCACUUGAAUAUAGAAGAGUUUGAGCUCCAAAGGCCUCUCUACAGCAUCAACACGUACACAGACACACAGAUCGUGUCUGACCCGAGAGUGCGGGUUGAGCAGGCUCUGCGGGAGGCCGGUCUGCACAACACCCAGUAUGCCAAAGAGGUUAUGUCCAUUGUCAAGCCCCCCAAACCACCACGACCAGAUACAAAAUCCAUAAUUAAAUUCUGAUCGGAGACUUGUUUGGGGUCAUGUUAUUAAACCCUACCUACUCUUGUU